GUAACCUUCAGAAUCCACCAAGCAGCGAGUGUGAGAACUUUGUACCAUAGUGUUCUUGCAAACGUAUCUUGACGAACUUUGCAAACGUGUUAGUGAUUGUUAUUCUGCCACUUGUUGAAACAGUUGAAACAAUUCCCAAGGAUUGUGACUUGCCUGAAGGACAACUGAAAUCUCUCUCAUAACGUGUGGUAUACUUAUGGGCAACGCAGUGCAGAAGAUCCGAGCCCGCCUAGUGAUGGAGCGCGCCCAGAGCCACGGCCUCCCCGCCCAAGCCGCCUUCUACCCCGAGCGCUCCCGCAGUCCCGACGGCAGGAAAUCGUCCACGGGCUCCUCCAGCGACGCCUCCUGGACCAGCGCGCAGGACGACACCCUGGACGCCGCCCUGCAGUCGCUCGACGAGCUGCACGACCCCGACGGCGCCCUGAGCGACCUCCUGGCGCGGACGGGGGAGGACGACUUCAUGAAGGCCGUGCUCUCCUUCUGCUCGUACAUGGACGGCCGCAUGGACACCCUCGACAACUCGAGGAUCUACGACGAGUUCCGCUCCUACACGGCCUACACGCUGUCCGAGCCAGCCAAGGUGGAGGUGGCGUGAGGGGCGCCGCGCCGCCUCCUCGAGCACGCCCGCCGUGAAAGAGAGACAGAGCGAGAGAGAGAGCCGUGUGAAUGACGUCCCUUCCUAAGGACGCCCUUCCUUCCAUCGCCUACGAAUCGCUUCGAGCGAGGGGAGAGAGAGGAUCUCCCGCCCCUCGACGCGCCGUCCAAGGAGGCUCCUCGUCCGGCCGGCGAGGCGCUGGGAACACACCGACCGGAAGUCACGGGUGGCCGCCCACGGGAGCGUCACCGUGCGUACGCCGGGUCCAUUCCACGCCCACGUGACCCGGGAAGACAGGAGACGAUCGCCGCCCGCCCAUGUCGCCCCCAACCACCCCCACCCUCCUCCCCCUCCUUCGGCAGCUGAAGGAUAAACGGCUCGAGUAUUAGCGCUAUCGUGCGUCACACCGGAUGCAGUCGGCCACGGGAUCUGGGAAGGAAGAAGAGGAGAAGAAAGGACAGAGGAGACGGAGGAGGCUGGCGGGCGCGUGACCCCCGGUUGGAGAGGCUGCGGCCAUUGCAGAAGGGCCUUGCGACGUGUCCCCGCGUGGAAAUGCCAAAGAAGGCCUGGACGCAGCGGCGAGGAAGGGGGGGGGGGUGGCACGCGGAACAAGAUGAGUCACUGAGAAGGGGGGGUGGGGGGCAGCCUGGCUCAGCUUACACUACUCACAAGAUGAGGGGGGGAGGAGGGGAGGGGGAGGAAGUGGCAUGCCCAGGCGGAAGAGAUGCUGCAGAGAAAAGGGAAGAGUCGAUAAGAGAUGUGACAGCGCUUCUCUCGCAAAGCAGAUUCGCCGGACCAGCAUCCACGGAAAUGCACCCGUUAUCGCCCCGUUUAUUUAUUCCGGUUUUAUUAUAUCUUGUGAAAGAAUGUUCUCUUUACCGCAGUUCGAAAUGAGAACUGGAAGUCUUAGGAUGCCUAAGUUAGCCUCUUUCUUGUUUUCACUCUUUGAUUUCAGAUGAAAGAAAUCAACAUUCUCUCUAGGAGUGAAAGAGCAAUAGACAAACUCGAUUAACAUGUACAAUAUAUAUGUAUGUAUGUAGGUAUGCGCAUAUAUAUGAUUGUACAUGACUUAAUUAGAGUGAUCUAGCAACCCUCAGCCUCCGAUGUGCACUUGUUCUUGCCUGGCUUUUUCCAAAGUUAUGUUAAGAUUGUUAUACAAGUUGUGUACAUAUAUUGUUGUAACAUAUGUAUAUUUUUUCUCUUCUGUUGUCGAUAUAGAUCUCUCUAUGUUAAGUAAGCCUCAAAGGCUGGAUUACUGAACGUAUAUUACGUCAUAAAAUAUUUUCCAUUGAAAGUGCCAAAUAUACACACAAAUUUGUUACCCUUCAGCUCACAAAAUUGUCAUUAGCAUCAAAAGAAUUGCCGUUCCUUUUUACGAGUAAUUAUGCUACUUAUCUCAACAGGAUCCCCUGUAAUAAUUCAACAGGGGUGUAUUUAUAAAGUGUUCGUUGUCCCGCAUGUUCUUUGAACUAUGAAAUUCGUGUCAAAAAACAACACAUCAUAAGAAGGGCCUGUGAUAUCGUAUGUGUGUUUGGUUAACUGUACCUGUAUGAUAUUUGGGAAAUACUUGUCAUUUUUUAUCGCUUGAUUCGAUAAAAGAAAGGGAGACUUGUUUUGUCCAUGUUCUGCCGGAGUCUUCUAAAAACAUUUUAGAAGUCUCGGGUGUUGGACUAUUUUUUUAAAAUGUAUUUUCGAAUUUAGGAGUAUAAACUUUGUUCUAUAUUUUGGGAUAUCAGUGUCACUGUAUGUAUUUUUAUAAAAUCAAAAACUGAAGCAUUAUUUGGACAUGUUUUAUAUAUACCUGAAAUGAAAAUUUGAAAUGUUUUGAUGUUUUCUCCUCUCCCAAAAGCUCCUGUGUAUUGUACCCUCGCUGUUAUAUUUAUAAAUGCUAUUUUCUUAUAUAAA